AUAUUCUCAACAUGGCAGUUCAAGCUCAGACCAUGUAUUUUUCAGAAAACUUGGGCAUGACUGGUUUUCCGCAGCAGCAAGAUUGGGCUAUGAUCAACCCUCUUCCUCUUCCCGAUUCCGGGUUUGAUCAUGACUUCUUUUCCAGCCUCAUUCCAAACCCUCAGACUCAUCAGCAGCAACAAGCCCAUCAGUUUCAUCAAAAUCUAGAAGCUAACCGGUUAGGGGUUUCUUCUGUUUCUCCUUGUUCCACUUGCAAUAGCUUCCUUCCCCCGACGUCGUUUUCCGGUACUCUGACCGCUCAGCUCGACUUGCACAGGCAGGAGAUAGAUGGCAUUCUUCAGUCUCAGAAUGAGAAUCUGAGAUUUGCUUUGCAAGAACAGAGGAAGCGGCAGCUGGCGGCCCUGUUGACCGACUUCGAGUCCCGGACGUCGAGCUUGAUCAGGCAGAAAGAGGAGCAUUUAACAAAAGCGAGGAAGAGAGCAAUGGAGCUUCAAGCUUGCUUGAGAAAAGCGGAGAUGGAGACGCAGACGUGGCAGAGAUUGGCCAAAGAAAACGAGACGAUGGUGAUGGACCUCAACAACACACUCGAACAGGUCAAAGAAAGAAUGGUCCUUUGCAGCAAUGAAACCGAUGAUGCAGAGUCCUUCUGUGGUUCGUCGGGGCAGCAGCAGCAAGUGCUUACAGAAACAGCAGCUCACAAAAAGCUGGGGUUGGAUUGUAAAAGCUGUGAUGCUAGAAGGUCAUGCGUGCUUUUUCUUCCUUGCAGACACCUCUGUUCGUGCAAGUUCUGUGAAGCUUUUCUUGAUUAUUGCCCCGUAUGUAAAUCGACCAAGGAGGCAGCCAUGGAGGUCUUCCUGGUCUAA